AUGUUUUCCAAGCUUGUACCACAAGCAGAAGUUUCUCCAUUUGAGUUUUUUGGAACAGCUUGCUUGACCAAACCAUUAUCCAGGAGCAUAGGGGAACAGCAACAGGAGGAGGAGCAGCAACAGGAGGAACAAGAGAACCUACAACAGGGGGAGCAGCAACAGGAGGAGGAGCAGCAACAUGAGGAGGAUCAGCAACAGGAGGACCUACAACAGGAGGAGCAGCAACAGGAGAAGCAGCAACAGGAGGAGCUACAACAGGAGGAGGAGCAGCAACAGGAGGAGGAGCAGAUGCAACAGAAACAACCCAAGACAAACGACAAGCGAGAAGGGUUAUUCAACUUUCUUGGGAAUUUUCCCCACACUUGGAAAACCUCCCGUCUGCCCCGGACGCCCGUCCCCUCUGACCCUGGACUGGCCCUGGGCCCACCCGUCUGGCCCCGGACGCCCACCCGUCUGGCCCCGGACGCCCACCCGUCUGGCCCCGGACGCCCACCCGUCUGGCCCUGGACGCCCACCCGUCUGACCCUGGACGCCCACCCGUCUGACCCUGGACGCCCACCUGUCUGGCCCUGGACGCCCACCUGUCUGGCCCUGGACGCCCACCUGUCUGGCCCUGGACGCCCACCUGUCUGGCCCUGGACGCCCACCUGUCUGGCCCUGGACGCCCACCCGUCUGGCCCUGGACGCCCACCCUGUCUGGCCCUGACGACGCCCACCCGUCUGGCCCUGGACGCCCACCCGUCUGGCCCUGGACGCCCACCCGUCUGGCCCUGGACGCCCACCCGUCUGGCCCCCUGGACGCCCUGGACGCCCACCCGUCUGGCCCUGGAACUGGCUGACCCUGGACGCCCCUGUCUGGCCCUCUCCGGCCCUGGACGCCCACCUGUCUGGCCCUGGACGCCCACCUGUCUGGCCCUGGACGCCCACCUGUCUGGCCCUGGACGCCCACACCGUCUGGCCCUGGACGCCCACCCUGUCUGGCCCUGGACGCCCACCCGUCUAGCCCUGGACGCCCACCGUGUCUGGCCCUGGACGCCCACCCGUCUGCCCUGGACGCCCACCCGUCUGGCCCUGGACGCCCACCUGUCUGGCCCUGGACGCCCACCCGUCUGGCCCUGGACGCCCACCUGUCUGGCCCUGGACGCCCACCCGUCUGGCCCUGGACGCCCACCUGUCUGGCCCUGGACGCCCACCCGUCUGGCCCUGGACGCCCACCCGUCUGGCCCUGGACGCCCACCCUGUCUGGCCCUGGACGCCCACCUGUCUGGCCCUGGACGCCCACCUGUCUGGCCCUGGACACUGUCUGGCCCUGGACGCCCACCUGUCUGGCCCUGGACGCCCACCUGUCUGGCCCUGGACGCCCACCUGUCUGGCCCUGGACGCCCACCCGUCUGGCCCUGGACGCCCACCCGUCUGGCCCUGGACGCCCACCCGUCUGGCCCUGGACGCCCACCCGUCUGGCCCUGGACGCCCACCCGUCUGGCCCUGGACGCCCACCCGUCUGGCCCUGGACGCCCACCCGUCUGGCCCUGGACGCCCACCUGUCUGGCCCUGGACGCCCACCCGUCUGGCCCUGGACGCCCACCCCGUCUGGCCCUGGACGCCCACCCGUCUGGCCCUGGACGCCCACUGGCCCUGGCGCCCACCCGUCUGGCCCUGGACGCCCACCCGUCUGGCCCUGGACGCCCACCCGUGGCCCGGACACCCACCCGUCUGGCCCUGGACGCCCACCCGUCCCUGGACGCCCACCCGUCUGGCCCUGGACGCCCACCCGUCUGGCCCUGGACGCCCACCCGUCUGGCCCUGGACGCCCACCUGUCUGGCCCUGGACGCCCACCCGUCUGGCCCUGGACGCCCACCCGUCUGGCCCUGGACGCCCACCUGUCUGGCCCUGGACGCCCACCCGUCUGGCCCUGGACGCCCACCCGUCUGGCCCUGGACGCCCACCCGUCUGGCCCUGGACGCCCACCCGUCUGGCCCUGGACGCCCACCCGUCUGGCCCUGGACGCCCACCCGUCUGGCCCUGGACGCCCACCCGUCUGGCCCUGGGACGCCCACCCGUCUGGCCCUGGACGCCCACCUGUCUGGCCCUGGACGCCCCACCCGUCUGGCCCUGGACGCCCACCCGUCUGGCCCUGGACGCCCACCCGUCUGGCCCUGGACGCCCACCCGUCUGGCCCUGGACGCCCACCUGUCUGGCCCUGGACGCCCACCUGUCUGGCCCUGGACGCCCACCCGUCUGGCCCUGGACGCCCACCCGUCUGGCCCUGGACGCCCACCCGUCUGGCCCUGGACGCCCACCCGUCUGGCCCUGGACGCCCACCCGUCUGGCCCUGGACGCCCACCCUGUCUGGCCCUGGACGCCCACCCGUCUGGCCCUGGACGCCCACCUGUCUGGCCCUGGACGCCCACCCGUCUGGCCCUGGACGCCCACCCGUCUGGCCCUGGACGCCCACCCGUCUGGCCCUGGACGCCCACCCGUCUGGCCCUGGACGCCCACCCGCCCUGGCCCUGGCCCGCCCACCCGUCUGGCCCUGGACGCCCACCCGUCUGGCCCUGGACGCCCACCCGUCUGGCCCUGGACGCCCACCCGUCUGGCCCUGGACGCCCACCCGUCUGGCCCUGGACGCCCACCCGUCUGGCCCUGGACGCCCACCCGUCUGGCCCUGGACGCCCACCUGUCUGGCCCUGGACGCCCACCCGUCUGGCCCUGGACGCCCACCCGUCUGGCCCUGGACGCCCACCCGUCUGGCCCUGGACGCCCACCCGUCUGGCCCUGGACGCCCACCCGUCUAG